AUGGGUCCCCUUCGCACUCGUGCCUCUGGCAGCUUCCCCAUCCCUGCCAGUCAGGGUUCCGUCACCUACGAUGACGCCAAGACCAUCUCCGGAUCCUUCGAUGGUGGUUACAAGACCUACGGCCGUGGUGUUGAGUGCGGUGGUCAGGCUGAGGGCCAGAACGGUGAUGCCGUCUUCGUCCUCGAGGACGGUGCUACCCUCAAGAACGCCAUCAUUGGCAAGGACCAGAACGAGGGUGUCCACUGUCUCGGUGCCUGCACCAUUGAGAACGUCUGGUGGGACGCUGUCUGUGAGGACGCUCUUACCUUCAAGGGUAACGGUGACGGAAAGGUCAUCGGUGGUGGUGCUCGCAACGCCGAGGACAAGGUUAUCCAGCACAACGGUGUUGGUUCCAUCUCUAUCGACGGCUUCACCGUCCAGGACUUCGGCAAGCUCUACCGCUCUUGCGGCAACUGCAAGCAGAAUGGCGAUGCCAGAAAAGUGACCAUUACCAACGUCAAGGCCACCAACGGCAAGUACCUUGUUGGUAUUAACUCGAACUACGGAGAUUCUGCCACUAUCACAAAGACCUGUGCUUCUUCUGUCAAGCACAUCUGCCAAGAAUACAAGGGUACUAGCAACAAUGACGAGGAGCCUUCUACUCUUUCUGAGGGUCCCUCCGAUGCCUGCAUCUACCAGGAGUCUGACGUCGAGGCUUGCUAA